CACAGUUCACAACCAACAGCGUUAGUCGGUCAGUCACCCCAUUACUCUUUCCCAUUCCCUCAUCACUCCGUUGUCCGCUCUCCGGCAGCAGCUCGACCCGCUGGCGAACAAGCUCCUCACCCUGUCCCAUCCACCGCCGUGACCGAUCUGACAAUGCAGCGUCAUCUGCCGCCGCCGCAGUCUCCGCCUUGCGCCUCCCACUGAUGUCCUCCAAGGUCUGGUGCAGGAACAGGACUUCUGGGUGAUAUUACAUACCAUGGUGCACAGAUGAGCAGUAACCAUGUUGUUAGCAGUAGAAGGAGGAGGAUUCUUUUCUUCUUCGGCUUCUGGGUAUAGCAAAGGUCUGACCCUUCUCCUCUUGGGUCAGAAGGAUGAGGAUGACAAGCCCAUGAGAGUUUCCCCCUGGAAUCAAUACCACUUGGUUAAUCAGGAGCCUGAUGUACGCGGUCAUCUGGGUUCAAGAAGAAAAUGGCAUUCCAGGGCAUGGGUGUCCUUCAUGUGCUUUCACGGUGCCUCUGGAGCAGCCGAUGGACCAUCAUAUCCUAAUGUUGGUGGAGAUCAUCAGGAAAUUUGGCCUGGCCCUCUUGUUUCUAAUAAGUGCAAGGAUUCUAAAACUGAUCUUGAUGAUGUUAUCGAUGCCAAAGUCGACACUCCUCGGAGUAACUUGAGAAGGAGAUCCAGUUCUGUUGCAGUUUCUGUUUUAGAUGCCCAUGAAUGCAAUUCACUGGUUGAAAAUAUUGGCAAUAUCCCUGGUCAAAUUGGAGGCAGAAGAGUUCAGUGGACAGAUGCUCUUGGGACUGAACUAGCUGAGAUUAGAGAGUUUGAGCCCAGUGAAAUCGGUGGAUCAGAUGAUGAAGCAGAAAGCAAAAAUGAAGGAAGAUGCACUUGCACAAUCAUGUAGCUUUCAUCUCCUGCAGAGGGGUGCACAUGCUUGUCAGCCGAGCCACUCAUGCUUGAAUGUUAUUUGGAGAAAGAUUUGUGGUUUAGCCCUCUCUCAGGAGCCCCACUCAUAAUUUCAGACUGCCUAUUCGAUCGGUUCAUCCCGACGGAUGUGUUCCUCCCAUUAUUUGUAUUGUAGUUGAUGUACCCCUAGGUUUUGCUUAUUCCUUUUCUUGUGAAUAUCGAAUUUUGCGGGAGUUGUUCGUGGCUUGUACUUGCUGUUUUCCUUGAGAUCAAAUUUUCACCUCUUCUGCUGAUCUCCAAGCACACCUGCUUUUGUAAGCUUUGCCCUUUCUCAACAGAUUCUGUUCUAAUCAUUUCAUUUAGA